GCCCGAUUCAUUGCUUGGAAAAUGGAAAAUGGUGGCAGAAAUGGGUGAACGAAAGGAGGGUGAGGAAGAGGAAAAAGGAAGGAAGUCGAAAAGUCUCCAUCAACCACAACCAUAAAUUCUUCGAAAAUCGCAACUUCGAUACGUAUCUGAACUCCCACCGUCACUUUUCACCAUCAUCGUCUUCCCCAUUUUCACUGUCUGCACCACCUUACUCCAACAAUGGCGGCUUCCUCCCCUCAGUUCUUCAGAAUCGUUUUACACAACAAUCUCGAAGACCGAAAACUAAUGAUUCCGAAGAAGUUCGUCAAAGAUCAUGGCGAACUUUUGUCCACUUCCGUACGUCUCAAGCUCCCGGACGGCAUGGAAUGGAAGGUCGGUUUGACGACGGCUCCCAACGGCGUUGUUUGGCUGCAAAAUGGGUGGCACAAAUUUGCAGAGCAUUAUAGCUUAGAGUUUGGUUCUUUAUUGGUAUUUAAAUCAGAUGGGUUUUCAACUUUUCAAACAUCCAUAUUCGACCCAAGUGGAGUGGAAACAGAAUAUUGUUGCAUUCUUAACGAUUCUAGAGCAGAAUUUACAAUGGAAGAUGAAGAUUCUGAUGAAAAUACAGAGAGUUCCUCCCAGCGUUUAAGUAAGAGGAAGAACAAGCCUUCAGUUCCAUCUCCUCCUCAAUCUCGUAAGAAAAUGAAAGCUGAAGAAGAAGGAUGCCUAAUCAUGAAGAACAUGCCAAAAACUGAAGCAGGGGUAUCAAGUAGAAGGCAACAAUUUGUAAACAAACUUGAAGCAGCUCAAAGAUUCACCUCAAAAUCAGAGAAGCCUAGCUUUAAAAUUGUGAUGAAACAACCAAACGUGCGAGGAAAAUUCGCCAUGAUUAUCCCCAAAGAUUUUGCAGAGAAACACUUACCUGAUGACUUUGGAAUCAUCAAACUCCAAACCCCAAACGGUAGAAAGUGGCCACUUUUGUAUAAACGCAGACGAAAUCAAGAGAACUUCGUGUACUUUUCAAGUGGGUGGAAGCGUUUUGUAGAGGAAAAUGUAUUGAAAGAAGGGGAUAUUGGGUUGUUUCAAUUGAUUAAGAAAGACAUAUUUUCAUUCACCAAAUUACAAGACACCUCUCCCUUUCCUUCCCCUGCAACAAAGACCAGAAACCCCUGUUUUGAGGCGAACAUUCUGAACAGACGCCACAAGAAAUUUGUUCUGAACAUUCCUAUGGUGUUUGCAAAGGAGCAUUUUUCAUCAGACAUGCGCUCUGCAAAGCUUCAAGUUGGGAAUAGACAAUGGAUUGUGGCAUUGAGACAAUAUGGUAGCUCUGUCAGAUUAUCAGCUGGGUGGUGCUUAUUUUAUGGAGACAACGGCUUGGAAGAUGGAGAUUCAUGCUUGUUUGAGAUGGUGGACACAAAAAACUGUGUUUUUAAAGUCACCAUUUUCAAACAUGUUUCCAGCUCUGCUUCAAUGGACUAGAUAGAAUGUAAUGUUAAUGGUCUGUCUUUUUUUGUUUAGAAGGUUGGCUUUGACUCAAAUUUCAAACUUUUUAGGCCUUAUUCACUAACAUCGACCAUCCAAUACUUUAUGAAU